GAUCAACGUAUUUACAGUCAGUUACAUGUUGUAUUCUAGUCUUAUAGUGCUGUGAGCAGUGAGAGGUUAUAAUCACAAGAGAAUUAUUUAUUAAAGACAUACUGACUAAAAGUAUGACAGCAGUAACGCGAAUUAUAUUGAAAUUGAGUGCUGCAACUAGCAUAGGUUUUGCUGGUUGGUGUUUGGGGAAAUUUUCAGAACAAAAACGACAUUUGAAUGCAGAUAUAAAAAACAGUGGAAGUCAUAUUAUUUCGAAUGUAAACAUCAAAGAAAUGCCCGGUUUACCUUUAUUUGGAACUGUUUCUGCAGCAGUUCCUAUGGAAGUUGAUACAAAUAUGGGUUCAAAAUUAUCAUCGACAGCUACAAGGGUAUCAGAAAUUAUGAAGUAUGGUUUCCCUGGAUUGGAUCAUGUUAGAUCUUACGAAGAUUUUGUCCUUUCUUAUGACAGAAGAAACAGGGUAGCUCAUUGGGUCUUUGAACAUUUAAAUAAAGAUAGGUUACAACCCAAUGAAGAGAUAUCACGUAGUAAGUGUGAAUUCAAACCUGACCCAAGUAUACAUCCUUUUUUUAGAUCAGAAAAUCAUGAUUACAAAGGCAGUGGAUACGAUCGUGGGCAUUUAGCAGCAGCUGGAAAUCACAAGUGUUCCCAAAGUCACAUAGAUCAGACAUUUUUCCUAACGAACAUGGCACCGCAAGUAGGUGUGGGUUUCAAUAGGGAUUCUUGGAAUAGAUUGGAAAAAUAUGUUAGGCACUUAACUAAAGUUUAUAAGGAUGUAUAUGUCUGUACUGGUCCUUUAUAUUUGCCAAAAAUAGAGGCUAAUGGGAAAAAAUAUGUUCGAUAUGAAGUUAUUGGCACAAAUCAUGUAGCAGUACCUACUCAUUUUUAUAAAAUAGUUGUUGGCGAAACAUAUGAUUCUAAAUUAGAAAUGGAAGCAUUUGUAAUGCCAAAUACUCCUAUAGAUGACAAUGUACCUCUAACAAAUUUCCAGGUACCACCAGAAAGUAUAGAACGGGCUGCUGGACUUUUAUUUUUUGAUAAGAUCUCACGUGAUAAAUUAAGUAAAAUAAAUGGAAAAAAUAUUCGAUAACUACGACAUGAAGGUAAGAGGCAAAAAUUGAAGUAGGUAGAAUAUCCUAUUUGAUCUGAAUUUUGUAGAUAUACGAAAUUAAUUUAAUUGAAAGUAAAUAUAUAUUUACUAAAUAAAAGAGAUUUUAAUGAAUGAUAAUAUGUAUUUAUCGAUCACUUAAACAUCUCUUUAAAAAAAAAUUGUACCUGAAAAUUUUAAACAACCUUUUAUGUAUCUCAUAUAUAAUAACAAAUGUACAUAUAGCAAUAUACUUUGUAUUUAUUAUAUAUGAACUCUUUCUAUAUGUAUUUUAUAAAAAUGCAAGAUAAAUACUAUGUUGAAAUAUUUAAA